AUGCGUGGCAAAGAGGUCGAUAAUCUUGUUUGGUAUAUUCAAUAUCAAAGCAAAGUCGGAGAAGAGAUUAAUCUCCGAAAAACUCUUCGAUAUUAUACUGGAACCAUCAUAAGGAGGAUGAUGUUUGGAUGUCGGCAUUUUGGAAAGGGAGCCAAAGACGGCGUGCCAGGGCCAGGAGAGGAGGAGUUGGAACACGUAGAGGCUGCAUUCACUCUGCUUUCAUUGAUCUAUUCAUUUUGUGCAUCAGAUUUCAUACCAAGUUUGAGAAUUUUUGAUAUUGAUGGCCAUGAGAAAAUAAUGAAGAAAGCGAUAAAUGUGAUCAAUAAAUAUCAUGAUCCUAUUAUUGAAAAGAGAGUGCAACAAUGGAGGAGCAAUGGUGGUGUUAAUGGUGAGCCAGAGGACAUACUUGAUGUGUUCAUCUCUCUCAAAGAUGAUGAAGGAAAUCCUCUCUUAAGGAUUGAAAAAAAUUAA